AUGCAUACCUGUGUGUCGUCGAUGUUUCAACUUGUGACGACGCUUUACCUGUCCGUGUUACACCUGUCCUACCUAACCCAGGCCUUACCUCUAGACAGAUGCAAGUCAGCCAUCUCGAUCUUCUCUAGCAGCGGGGCUUACAUUGAAUCUCUUAACAAAAGUCGCGUGGCACUUCCGGUAUUACAGAAAGGAUUUACAACGGGACAUGAGAUGAAAUUCGAAUUCAAGACAACGUCACCAAACGGAGUCUUGUUUUACAUGACACCCGAGCGUCGCCAGAAUGAGCUAGUAGCUUUAGAUAUCAUCAAUGGCCACCCCAGGUACCACAUCCGGUGUAAACAGAUCGAGGCAACUCUAACACUAUCUAGGAUACGUGUGGACGAUGGAAGAUGGCACAAGAUAGUAUUCAGAAGAAGGAACAACCGUGGUAAACUGUUUGUGGACCGUUCUCCUUAUUUCCAUGACUACCGUGUAGACUGUGGUGCCUUUACGUCCUUGACCUUUGGAGGCGUUGACCCGAACCGGAAGUACAGCAACCUACACAGAGAGCUGAACACAAAGCAUGGUCACUUCCUGGGCUGUAUUCGGCGCGUAGACGUGUCAACUGGUGUAGAAGAGAGUCGAGCGCAGUACCAAGGCGUCUCGGAAUGUUCUUGA